AAGACCUCUGGCGGGUUGCGUCCGAGCUCCGGUGUGCGGGCGUUGUGGCCCUGGCGGGGGAGGGCGGUUGCUCUAGGUACCGGGCCCCGGCCUGCCCCACCCCAGUUCCCUCAGCACACGAAAACUGGGAGGCUUAGGCCCGGCGGCAAGGGUAGGGCAAACUCGCCUCCUCCCCGUCCGCCCCUCGAAACUUCUGAGGUCUUCCCAGGAGAAGGAUUGAAAUGGCGAUGCGUGCUACAGCUUGGACGACUCUUGAAAACACUAUGCAAAGGGAAAGAAGCCAGUCACAAAAGGAGCACCCGGUCUGAGAUGGGGUCCCAGGUCUCCGUGGACGUGGGAGCUGUGAACGUGGUGGUCGUGGGUGGGGGCUUCGGUGGGAUCGCCGCCGCCAGCCAGCUGCAGGCUCUGAACAUCCCCUUCGUGCUGGUGGACAUGAAGGACUCCUUCCACCACAACGUGGCAGCCCUCCGGGCCUCCGUGGAAAGCGGGUUUGCCAAAAAGACAUUCAUUUCCUACUCGGAGACCUUUAAGGAAAACUUCCGGCAGGGGCUGGUAGUGGAGGUGGACCUGCAGAAUCAGACGGUGCUGCUCGAGGAUGGCGAGGCCCUGCACUUCUCACAUCUUAUCCUGGCCACUGGCAGCACUGCGCUCUUUCCGGGCAAGUUUAACCGGGUGGCCAGCCGGGAGGUUGCUAUCCAGGCCUACGAGGACAUGGUGAAGCAGGUCCGGCGCUCACGGUCCGUGGUGGUGGUGGGAGGCGGCUCUGCCGGAGUGGAGAUGGCGGCAGAGAUUAAAACCGAAUUCCCCGAGAAAGAGGUCACUCUCAUCCACUCCCACGUGGCCCUUGCCGACAAGGAGCUCCUGCCCUGUGUCCGGCAGGAAGCGAAGGAGAUCCUGCUCCAGAAAGGCGUGCGGCUGCUGCUGAGUGAACGGGUGAGCAAUCUGGAGGAGCUGCCCCUCAACGAGUAUCGAGAGUGCAUCCAGGUGCACACGGACAAAGGCACAGAGGUGGCCACUAACCUAGUGAUUGUCUGCAAUGGUAUUAGGAUCAACAGCGCCGCCUACCGCAGUGCGUUCGCACCCUUCCUGGACAAGGAGCUCCUGUUUGGGUCCUACAGGAAAGAAUUGGCCAAUCACAGAAGAAGGAAGCUAGUCCCGGCCAUGACUAGGGAAAGUCAUCUGGCCAGCGAUGGCGCUCUGCGAGUGAACGAGUAUCUCCAGGUGGAGGGCUGCAGCCACAUCUAUGCCAUCGGCGACUGCGCAGAUGUGAGGGAGCCCAAGAUGGCCUACCACGCCGGCCUCCACGCCAACAUUGCCGUGGCCAACAUUGUCAACGCCAGGAAACAGAGGCCCCUCAAGGCCUACAAGCCAGGCGCGCUGACGUUCCUCCUGGCCAUGGGGAGAAAUGACGGCGUGGGCCAGAUCAGCGGCUUCUACGUGGGGCGGCUCAUGGUUCGGCUGGCCAAGAGCCGGGACCUGUUUGUCUCCUCGAGCUGGAAGACCAUGCGGCAGUCUCCACCCUGAGCGGGAGCUGGGCCGCCGGCAGGUGAACGGAUUGCUUGACCAGAGGAUGACUACCCCACCGGAGGCUUCACCCAGGGCUCCCUUCCUGUGGGCCACGGCCAACCAGGCUCCCCUUCUGGAAGCAGGACCUGCUGCCUGAGAGACACAGGCUAUUCUGUGCUGUCUGACCUGGGGACUAGCAGGGUGGGAGUCUUGGCUCAUUAGUGACAGGCCUUGUUCUAUUUAUAACAUUUUACAAGUGUCCCCCCAUGGGGACAUGGUUUUUCCAAACUGAGGAAAAUAUUGCAAUAAAAGAAUAUGUUGUAAGAAA